CAGGUUCCCCCCAAAAUGCAGCAGCUGGUGGCAGGGCUGGGGCUGUGCCUGGCCUGGGGCUGUGCUGCCUCCCUGAGCCCCUGGUGCCUGUCAGCCCAGCUCAGGAGGCCGGGGGAUUUUGUCCUGGGGGGUUUGUUCCCCUUUGGCAAGGACACCGUGAAGCUGGCAGCUCGCUCCGAGCCCACCCCCGUGCUCUGUGACAGGCUGUUCACGGACGGGCUGCUCUGGGCCCUGGCCAUGCGCUUUGCCAUCGAGCAGAUCAACAACAGCAGCUGGCUGCUGCCGGGGGUGACACUGGGCUAUGACAUGUGCGACACCUGCUUCGAGCCCCUGGUGGCCCUGCAGCCCAGCCUCCUCUUCCUCACCCGCAACGGCACCAGGGCCAUCGGGGUCCUGUGUGACUACAGCGAGUACCAGCCCCGUGUCACCGCUGUCAUCGGGCCCCACAAGUCCGACCUGUGCCUGCUCACGGCCAAGCUCUUCAGCUCCUUCCUCAUCCCGCAGGUGAGCUACGGUGCCAGCAGCGAUGCCCUGGGCAAUGCCGAGCUCUACCCGUCCUUCUACCGCACCGUGCCCAGCGACAAGAACCUGGUGGAGGCCGUGGUGCUGCUCCUCAACCACUUUGGCUGGAACUGGGUGGCCACGGUGGCCAGCGACGACGAGUACGGCCGAGGGGCCCAGGCCCUGUUCCUCAGCAUGGCCAGCGCCAACAGCAUCUGCAUCGCCUUCCAGGGGCUCAUCCCCACCGACCCCACCGAGCCCGAGGCCGGCAAGCAGCUGGAGAACGCAAUUAAUUUAAUUAACAGCACCAAGGUCAACGUGGUGGUGCUGUUUGCUCACAGCCUGCCCGCCCAGGCCCUGCUGGAGCGCAGCCUGGCCCUGGGGCUGCCCAAGAAGGUCUGGGUGGGCAGCGAGGCCUGGCUGCUCUCCGACAUCGCCACCUCCACGCCCGGCGUGCAGAGCGUGGGGACCGUGCUGGGCUUUGUCAUGAGGACGGGGACGGUGCCCGGCUUCCAGGAGUUCGUGGCCGAGCUCUUCAGCUCCAUGGCUCAGGAGGAGUUCUGCCAGAGCUCCAGGGAGCUGAGCGGGCUGGGCAGCGCCGAGGAGCUGGACACGCACUGCCGCCAGUGUGCCAACGUCACCCUCGGCGACAUCUGGCCCAUGCUGGGGGUGACACCCACGCAGCCCGUGCACGUGGCCGUGUACAGCGUGGCCCACGCGCUGCACAGAGCUCUGGGCUGCACCUCCAAAGGCUGUCCCAAAACAGCCAUCAGGUCCUGGCAGCUGCUGCACUUCAUGAACACCCUCCCCUUCGAGGUGAACGGGCAGAGCUUCAGGUUUGAUCAAUCCCACGGCACCAACACGGGCUACAGACUCAUCGUCUGGGCCUGGAGGGAUGGCACUGUCACCUACCUGCCCGUGGGGGACUACGACCAGUCCCUGUACGUCCGUGCGUCCCAGAUCCAGUUCCACACUGCGGAUAAGAAGGAGCCCACAUCCGAGUGCUUCAGGCGCUGCCAACCAGGGCAGUUCAGAAGAAUCAAAGGAUUCAACUUCUGCUGCUACGACUGCACAGACUGCCCAGAGAACACCUUCUGGAGCAGCACAGACAGCACCAGCUGCUCCCCGUGCCCGCAGCACCAGUGGGCCCCGGCCCGCAGCACGCGCUGCCUGGACCGCGCCGAGAGGUUCCUGUCCUGGGCCGAGCCCCUGGCCCUGUGCCUGCUGACCCUGACGGGCACGGCUGCGGCCCUGAGCUGCGGGGCAGCGCUGCUGUUCCUGCGGCACCUGCAGAGCCCGCUGGUGCAGCUGGCGGGGGGUGCCAGGAGCCUCUUUGCCCUGCUCUGCCUGCUGCUGCAGAGCCUGGGCUGCUGCCUGCUGCUGGGCAGGCCCAGCGCGGCGCUGUGCCCGCUGCAGCAGCCCUGCCACGCCCUGUGCCUCAACGGCUGCCUCUCCUCGCUGCUGCCCAAGGCCCUGGAGGUCACCCUGGUGACAGAAUUCCCCCGCCGUGCCCCCAGGCUGCUGCGCUGGGUCACCCACGGCAGGGCCUGGCUGCUGGUGGCCGCCUCCAUCCUCACCCAGGUGCUGCUCUGCUGGUGCCACCUCCACCUGGGCCCCGAUUACCUGGUGACCGACUACGAGUCCCUGCCCAGCGAGGUGCUGCUGGUGUGUGGCACCCGCUCCUGGGCAGCCUUUGUCCUCCUGCACGGCUACAACAGCUGCCUGGCCUUCCUCUGCUUCCUGUGCACCUUCAUGGUGCAGACCCCGCGCAGGAGGUACAACGUGGCCAGGGGCAUCACCUUCGCCACCUUCAUCUAUUUCAUCGUCUGGAUCUUCUUCGUGGCCAUCUUUGCCACGCUCAGGACGGUGCUCAGGGCCGUCACGCAGAUUGGCACCGUCCUGGCCACCACCCUGGGCAUCCUGGGCAGUUACUUUGUGCCCAAGUGUUACAUCUUGGUGUUCAGGCCUGACCUGAACACGGGGGAUUAUUGCCAGAGCCUGUCUGAGGAGCAGCCAGAGGAGGACAGGCAAUAAAGCCCAGCCUGUGCCACCUGCCCCUGACACAAGCUGGGUUUGAAGGAGAAAAUCCUCUUUUUCUGAGCACUCUGUGGCCCCAGGAACAAUCCGAUCUGAAUCAGGAGCUGUGGAAGCACAGGGCUCAGCAAGAGCAGCCUCCAUCCUCUCUGCAAACACAUUUCAGCCCCAAAAGGAGCCAAAAUUAGGUUCAGUAAUAAAGGACCUCCAGAAAUGAUAUUUUACAUUUUACAUCUCCAGUCUGGCCAUGUGAGUCCCCCACGGCACCCCCUGUAAACACUCUGAUAAAUUUCCCUUUCUUAUGAAUUAACAUCUCCUGAGACAGGCCCGGGAAUCCUCUCCCAGGCCUUGUGAGAGCUCCCCAACAAUUCCAACACAUCCCAUCCAACAAAAGAGGAGCACAAAGAACAUUCUGGCAGUGCCAGCAGCGCUGGGUGCGCCACCCAGGGGGCACUGCCCCCUCCAAUGCCACCUGUGUCCCAUGGAAAUCAGGGAUGGGCUGGUGGAAAUGAGCUCUGUGCCAAUCCCACCUCGGAGCUCCCCAAAAUUCACCCAAAAUCACCCAAAAUUCAUCCAAAAUCACCCAAAUUCACCCAAAAUCACCCAAAUUCACCCAAAAUUCACCCAAAAUCACCCAAAUUCACCCAAAAUCACCCAAAUUCACCCAAAAUUACCCAAAUCCACCCAAAAUUCACCCAAAAUCACCCAAAUUCAGCCAAAAUCACCGAAAUUCACCCAAAUCACCCAAAAUUACCCCAAAUUCACCCAAAAUUCACCCAAAAUCAGCCAAAUUCACCCAAAAUCACCCAAAAUCACCCAAAAUUCACCCAAAAUUCACCCAAAUUCACCCAAAAUUCACCCAAAAUCACCCAAAUUCAGCCAAAAUCACCGAAAUUCACCCAAAUCACCCAAAAUUCACCCAAAUUCACCCAAAUUCACCCAAAAUUCACCCAAACCUGCCCAUUCCUGCCAGGUCAAAAUCACCCAAAUUCACCCAAAUCACCCAAAAUCACCAAAAUUCACCCAAAAUCACCCAAAUUCACCCAAAAUCACCCAAAUUCACCCCAAAUCACCCCAAAUCACCCAAAAUUCAUCCAAAAUCACCCAAAAUUCACCCAAAAUUCACCCAAACCUGCCCAUUCCUGCCAGGUCAAAAUCACCCAAAUUCACCCAAAUCACCCAAAAUUCACCCAAAAUCACUGAAAUUCACCCAAAUCACCCAAAAUUCACCCAAAAUCACUGAAAUUCACCCAAUAUCACCCAAAUUCACCCAAAAUCACCCAAACCUGCCCAUUCCUGCCAGGCAGAACCAAGGCAGCACCCAGGCACAGCACCAACAUUUUUCUUUUCCCCACUCCUGCUGACAAGGAGCUGUUCUGCUCUUUUAUUCCUGGAAAAGUUUCUCCAUUUCUGCUCUUUUAUUCCCUAAAUUAAAUUUUUUCCACCUCUCCAGUGUGUGCUACUGGAAUUUAAGCACUCCAGCUCAGUGAAAGGAUUUGUAAAUUAAUCUAAACCAGUGAAUAUUCUCAUAAAUGAAAAAUAAAAUAAAAUAAAAAUAAAAUAACCUUUUGGUGCAGUGCAAAGUCACUUUGUCCCCAGUUUUUGUGAUCCCCUCCAUCCAAAAUUAUUCCUCGGUGUGAUUAAAAGAACCAAAACUCUGACCUGGAGUUGCUGUUCCUGGAGCCUGCAGGAAUUCUCCACAACCCCCUGAAAUUCCCAGGAAUUCUCCACAACCCCCUGAAAUUCCCAGGAAUUCUCCACAACCCCCUGAAAUUCCCAGGAAUUCUCCACAACCCCCUGAAAUUCCCGGGAAUUCUCCACAACCCCCUGAAAUUCCCAGGAAUUCUCCACAACCCCCUGAAAUUCCCAGUAUUCCUGAAAUUCCCAGGAUUCCUGAAAUUCUCAGUUUUCCUCCUCCAGGGCUGUGGUUCCAUAGCUUUAAACAACUUUUGAUCAUCAUUCCAGAAACAGGGAGAGGAAAAAAAUCUGAUUUAACUCCAUCAGGCCCUGCAGGAAAAGGUUGCCCAAAAUCCUGAUUAUUUAAUAUUCACCUAAAUUCUGAUAACUUAAUAUUUCACCUAAAUUCUGACCAUUUAAUAUUUACCUAAAUUCUGAUCAUUUAAUAUCCACUUAAAUUCUGAUAAUUUAAUAUUCAUUUAAAUUCUGAGCAUUUAAUAUUUACCUAAAUUCUGGUAAUUUAAUAUUCACCUAAAUUCUGACCAUUUAAUAUUCACUUAAAUUCUGACCAUUUAAUAUCCAUUUAAAUUCUGAUAAUUUAUUAUUCACUUAAAUUCUGACCAUUUAAUAUUCACCUAAACUCUGAUUAUUUAAUAUUCACAUAAAUUCUGACCAUUUAAUAAUCACUUAAAUUCUGUCCAUUUAAUAUUCCCCUAAAUUCUGAUCAUUUAAUAUUCCCCUAAAUUCUGAUCUUUUAAUAUUCACUUAAAUUCCAAUAAUUUAAUAAUCACUUAAAUUUUGAUAAUUUAAUAUUCACUCAAACCUGACCAUUUAAUAUUCCCUACAAUUCUGAUAACUUCAUAUUCACUUAAAUUCUGACAAUUCAAUCAGUACUUAAAUUCUGACCAUUUAAUAUUCAUUUAAUUCUGAUCAUUUAAUAUUUACUUAAAUUCUGACCAUUUAAUAUUCAUUUAAAUUCUGACUAUUUAAUAUUUACUUAAAUUCUGAUCAUUUAAUAAUCACCUAAAUUCUGAUUAUUUAAUAUUUACCUAAAUUCUGAGCAUUUAAUAUUCACUUAAAUUCUGAUUAUUUAAUAUUCACUUAAAUUCUGACCAUUUAAUAUUCACUUAAAUUCUGAUAAUUUAAUAUUCACUUAAAUUCUGAUAAUUUAAUAAUCCCCUAAAUUCUGAUAAUUUAAUAUUCACUUAAAUUCUGAUAAUUUAAUAAUCCCCUAAAUUCUGACUAUUUAAUUUUUACUUAAAUCCUGACCAUUUAAUAUUCCUUUAAGUUCUGAGCAUUUAAUAUUCAUUUAAAUUCUGACCCUGUAACAUUCCCUCAUUCACUGGAAAUGCUGGCUUGGUGUUAUUUAAAUUCUAUUUCAGCCCUUGCUGUGUGAUCUGGCCCAGCUCUGCCUCACCAAGCUGAGCCUGCUCUUUUUAUUGAAACCGAAAAAAUCAGAAUAAUUUAGGCUGGAAAACCUUUCAAUGUCGAGUCCAGCUGAGCCCUCAGGGCACCCUGAGAAACCCAGAGCUCACAGAGUGAUCCAGGAUUCUCCUGGAGAGUCCAAAAAUGAACAAUUCCAGGAAAUAAAUCCCAGAGAAACACUGCAAAGAACUGAGCACACCCACGGGGGUUAUCACAUAAAAUUAAAAGCUUUUUAGUGUUUAAAAUAGCAUUUACACAGAAGCAGCUAUAUAUUAACUAUACAGACACUUGGCUUUUGAUACAAUAUCUACAAAAAAGAAUUCCAUGGUGCCAAAGACAUCGAAGAGAACAGUGCAGUCCAUGCUAGGAGGUCACUCCUGGAGUAGAACCAGUUCUAGGACAGGUCAGAGCCUGGGGGUUCAUUCUUUAAAAUCAUGUCACUCUGCUCCUCUACUGUACAGAAAAUUCUUUACAGCUAUUUCUAAUCACUGAGGAGAAUUCAGCAUUUGAAGUCGAUCUUGUUACAAUCCAGUUAAAUGCAAAACAAAAACAAAAAUUAAAAUAAAAUAAAAACCCCAAAACAAUUCCAUCGACCCAAGAGCUGUCAAGUCUCAGGAGGGGAGAGAACAAAAAUCAGAGAGAGAACAAAAAAUCCACAUCUGUGCAUCACUGCCAUGCCAGAAAUCCUCUGGAUGGAGUGCCCAGGGCAUGGUUCCUUGGAAAACAGGAGGUCAAAGACACCAGCAAUGCUUUUAAAACUUUUGGCCCAAAAAAUUUCCUCUUCAGGGUUCAGGGAGGGGUGCAGACACCCCCUGAGCAGAUGAGGUGUCACCCCAAAGAGUUUCCUGUCCCUGCUGCAGGGAGGGUCAGCUCUGAGCUCAAAAUUCACUUGAUUUGCUAAAGGAACUCAAGAAUUGCUUCGGUCCAGGUCCUCCAGGCUCCUGCUCUCAGGGUGCUGCCAUGCCCUGCAGAGCAAAAACCCAUCAAAAACCAUCAAAAUCCAUCAAAAUCCAUCAAAAACCAUCAAAAACCCAUCAAAAACCAUCAAAAAUCCAUCAAAAAACCAUCAAAAAAACCAUCAAAAAUCCAUCAAAAACCAUAAAAAAAUCCA